GAGACCGUCGGAGAGUGAGACCGUCAGAGAGUGAGACCGCAAGACAAUCCAGACAGGUCUUUUCGUCGCUCCAUCAGGGAUUGAAAAAGACCCCAGACUGACUAUAGGGAAUUGAACCGGUGAUCGGCGUGGAAGGAGUGUCACUGUACGAGCGGCGCUACCAUGGUUACCACAGUGCGGGCUGUGGUCUGUCUGUCCCUCUGGCUGGUUGUCUGUCAGGUCCGAGGCUCCUACAUCCCUCCGAAGAUGAACAGGACCAUCUACAACCUCCUGCAGCACUAUAAGAUUCCAUCGAGAGAGCGAUUUAACGGGAAGCCAGUCUUCUCCAGAGAUCCACUCGCUGGAAAAAUGGAGGCAAAGAGGGUGUUUAUGGGUGGCGUUUUGGAGACGUACGAGAAGCUGAUUGGCCAGAUGUUGAAGCAGCUGCCCACCCCGACUCCCCAGACGGCCGGGAGCAACGAGCUUCCCGGCUCGGCCGCCAUCGCCGAUGGUGGUGAGGUGGGGGCGGGCGAAGACGUCAGGACGCAGCUGAGCUACAUCCUGAAGAAGGUCCAGGAGCUGAGGAAACACCGUUACCAGGAGCAGGAGAAGCUUCUGCAGGAACUGAGGGAUCUCAAACACAUCCAGAUGGAUAACCUCGUUGUCCAGAGCAAAGCAUUGUGGGAGCUGCCGUGGCUGUACGAGGAGGCAAGCUCAUUAUAUGAAAUCAAGAUGGAGAGGAGGAAGCGGCGGCGGCGGCGGCGUCAAGCCCGGAGGGUCAAAACCCGUCCGAGUGCCUGAAGCACCAACAAGAUGUCAACAAUAACAGCAGCCAGGAUAUUUAAUGACGAAUCGAAAAAGUUCAGCAAAAAAUAUCUAAUUUAAACCAGCUUGCCGAGUUUUAAAUGUUUUUUCUGUAUUAAGAGGUUGCUUAAGAGAUUAUUUAUAAAUGGCAAUAAACCAGCAGCCGAAGCCUAACAGAUAUUGUAAUUUUGUAAAAUUCGUAUAUUUUCUAAGGAGGUUCGGAGAUUUAUACUUGAAAGAAGUGUGGCGGGUUUAAUCCUGUGAAAUGUUUAUACAAACUAAUUGUAUUCAACAUGGAGUUUCACUCAAUCAAUCACAAUAUCAACCAAUUGUCACCUGAAAAUACUUGAUUUUUUUAUUAUUUAAAAACUGCAGAUGGUUUAAUGCUCAGAAAAUUUGCCAAAUAUAAUUAUGAUAUAUUUAACUGUACAACAUACAACAUACUUAAAUGUACUACAGGUCCAGCACUGAAGUACUCCACUGCAGUACUCUUAUGGGAUGUUUGCAUUUUAUUGACAUUUUCUAUAUUUA